CUCAUCGUUGACUCAUAUCAGCUAGACCGUCAUCGUCAUCAUUCUACCGCGACAGGCUCCGCACGGACGGAUGCUGUAGAACCACCUCAGAAUUGAAACGCGACAUCCACCACGACAGUGACAAUCCCAGAUGAGUCUUCCCGGGACUAAUGCCCAUAGGAAUGCGAUGCCUAGGCGUACCUCUGUCCAACGACAUCAGCGCAUUCCUUAUGCGCAAAGCAUCGCCCCAUAUCCGCAAUCAUCCGUUGCAAUGUUCAGCAGAGCGUCAAACGCAGUUAUGGAAUCUCUCUCAUGGCCACAGAAACAGUUUCUCAAAUGGGUCCGAACCGAUGUCGUCAAAGCAGCCACUGCAGCAGAGGAUCACCUCAACUUAUCGGACCACAACUCUCAGGAACCGAUAUGGCCGCAGGCACCACCGUCACGCGAACCGAGCAAAGCAGUCAUUUCGUCCCUAGAUCGCUCCAGUUUCAAUCCCGUCCUUGAUACCUUGGAGCGUAGCACCAUCAAUGUGACUUUGCUCAUGCUGGUUAUUGUGAAAGUGGUGCGUCAUGUCAAUUUCGGCACCUUCGACAGUGCCCAGACUACUCGAAUUCAGGUGAUUGCCCAAGAGCACGAUGCCGUCUACCACAUGUCGAUGAAGCGAGCCAGCAGAGAAAGCAAGCCUCGAUUCCUUAUUCGUAUAGUGCAACGGCGGCCAGCGCCGCUGUGA